GUACGACGAUAAACGUUUUACGCUUAUGCUUAAUGCCUAAAUGUGACAGUUCGGUGGACACAAGGAUUUAGGGCUGUAUGACGCCAGUGUAUAGGCCUAAUUCAAAUUUGCCUAUGGCAUUUCGAUAAUAUAUUUUCAAUCGUAGGUUAAAGUAUGCUAAAGAAUUGAAGCGGUACCAGAAUCAUACAGAAAUGUAAGACUAACGACGGAACAGCUCAUUCAGACUCGAGCCUCUUUAUGGUGUGUUCCGUCAAGCAAGAACAAAUCCAUUAAUCAACCUGGUAGAAUCUUUGCAACAGACCAGAUGUGUGGAUAACCGAGGGGAAGUUAGAGAUUGUUUGUCAACACGCCUUUCUGAGAACCCCGAUAUAGUUAGUAACUUCUGCUCAAAUGCACGGAUUUAAGCGAAAGUGAAACCUUGGCAAGAAUAACUUUUACAACCACCAUACAAUUACGUUAUUCUCUAGACACGGAAAUAUAAAGGCCAGGUAAGAAGGUUUUUUGCUAGCCAGUUAACUAGCAAGCCUGGCUAGUCAAUUGAUUGGGUUUCAUGACAAGGCUGCUUGCCUUAAAGCGGUAUACUGAUCGGUUUGGACAGCAUUUCACAAAUUGAUAUGAUAUUGUGAUUUGGAAGUAACUUUCCACUUUUUAUACUCCUAUAUUGCAUAUUCCACAUCAUACCGAGGCUAUACCACUAGUCGUUGAAGUAAGGCUAUAAUUCAGUGGAGGUUAGCUAUUGACUCAUGGUCGCGGGCUCUGCCCAUAUGGAGCCCCCCUCCAAACCAGGCGCCAAUCAGGUGGCCGACGUGGUGUUUGUAAUAGAAGGAACAGCGAACCUAGGCCCAUACUUUGAGUCCCUCCGGAAGAAUUAUAUUUUACCUGCCAUUGAAUAUUUCAAUGGUGGUCCACCAGCUGAGACAGACUUCGGAGGGGAUUAUGGUGGCACACAGUAUGGGCUUGUAGUGUUCAAUACAGUGGACUGUGCCCCAGAGUCCUAUGUGCAGUGCCAUGCUCCCACCAGCUCAGCUUUUGAGUUUGUCUCUUGGAUCGACAGCAUUCAGUUCAUGGGUGGAGGUGCAGAAAGCUGCAGUCUCAUCGCAGAGGGCCUCUCUGUGGCCCUGCAGCUCUUUGACGACUUCAAAAAGAUGAGAGAACAGAUUGGACCAACCCAUAAGGUGUGUGUGCUGCUCUGCAAUUCUCCACCGUACUUGUUGCCUGCUGUGGAGAGUGUCAGCUACACUGGCUGCACCGCUGACAACCUGGUCCAGAUCAUCAGAGAUAAAGGAAUCCAUUUCUCAGUGGUGGCACCACGCAAGCUUCCUGCACUGAGGGCGCUCUUUGAGCGUGCGUCGCCUGUGGGCGGACCUCCAGAGUCGUCGCUGCCUGAUUACUGCCAGGACCCCUUCCACAUGGUGCUGGUGCGAGGCAUAGCACUGCCAGUUGCCCCUGGAGGCAGUGCUGGGGCAGUAUCCCUGAAGCCAGUUUUACCUCCACAGCCUAUGGCUGGAAAUCAGCCUCCUAUUGGUGCAACCUCCCAGGCUCCUCAACAAAUCAACCCAAAUCAUCCAUACCAGGCACCUCCCUCACUCAAUGCUGCCGCCGCCGCAGCCGCCAUGGCUGUAGAGGCUGCCAAUAACCAGAAGAACCGCUUCCCCGGGAUGAUGAACGCAGGUCCCCCCUUCGGCAAUCAGCCCACGCUUCCCUCAGUGGGCGCAGUCAAACUGCCCCCCUCCAGUCAGCCCAGCCUGGCCACCGUCACCACUGUGUCAUCGCCCCUGCUGCCCCAGCAACAGGUCCCGCCCCCACAACAACAACAACAACAACAACAACAACAACAACAACAGCAGUCGCCGCAGGUCCCACCCCCGGGCCAGUCUGCACCCAAUCCACAGACGCAGCAGCCUCCCCAGCAGCAGUCGGGAGCCAAUCAGCAGACUCCUCCCUCGUCGCAGCCGGGCAUGGGAGGAGCCAUGGGCAUGCCAGGUGUGGCUGCCGCUCAAGCUGCCUCUAACGCCAUUGGCCAGCAGCAAGGAGUGGCCAAUAAGAUUGUAGCAUGGAGCGGGGUACUUGAGUGGCAAGAGAAGCCAAAGGCCUCGUCCAUGGACUCCAGUACCAAACUCACUCGCUCCCUGCCCUGCCAGGUUCAAGUCAACCAGGGGGAAAACCUAAACACGGACCAGUGGCCACAGAAGCUGAUCAUGCAGCUCAUCCCACAGCAGCUACUGACGACACUUGGGCCGCUGUUCAGGAACUCGCGUAUGGUGCAGUUUCUGUUUACCAACAAAGAUGUUGAGUCUCUGAAGGGCCUGUAUCGCAUUAUGGCCAAUGGCUUUGCGGGUUGUGUGCAUUUCCCCCACAGUGCUCCGUGUGAGGUACGGGUGCUGAUGCUGCUGUACUCCUCGAAGAAGCGCAUCUUCAUGGGGCUCAUCCCCAACGACCAAAGCGGCUUCGUCAACGGCAUCCGCCAGGUCAUCACCAACCACAAGAACCACCAACAGCAGCAGCAGCAAAGAGCGGGUAUGGCGCCAGCCGGUCAGAUGCAGCAGGGCCAGGUGCCACCCAAUCCCAACUUCCUCAACCGAGCGCCCGGCGCUCUCCAGGGUGCUCACGGCAACGUCCAGCAGCAGUCUGUGGUGGUGGGCAUGCCGCCUGUUAGUCAGGUCUCUAUGAUGGAGGACCAGCAGAGGCAGAACACCAUGCUGACCAUGCGAGCCGCCGCCACAGCCAAUCAGCAACCCCCAGUCAGCGGCGCCCCGCCCAACCAGGUGUCUCAAGGACAACCCCAGCCGGGCGCCAUGCUCCGCCUCCCCAACCCAGGAGCCAAUCCACAGCUUCGGAGCCUUCUCCUCAGCCAACAGCAGCCGCAGCCAGGAGUGGGUCACAUGCAGGGCAUGCUGCCGGGGAUGCCAGGUCUGGGCCAGCAGAUGGUCCACUCUGCACCAGGAGGAGGCGCUCCCAUGCAGGCCCAGUGGAGGCAACCUCUCCCAGGUCAAAUGCUGAUUGGACCUCGUGGGCCUGUCUCACAGGGUCCUGGAAUACCACCGGUGUCCAGUGUCAUGGAGGAUGAGAUUCUGAUGGACCUUAUCUAAAGCUGCCUGUCUCCAGCAGAACACUUUAUGGACUGCAAUGCCCAUCAGGCCUUUUUUAUGAUAGUUUUUUUUCUUUUCUUUUUUUUAUAAUCAAGACACCCUUUUGCUCCCUUCAUGGGAAAAGCAGAGCACACACACACACACACACACACACACACACAAAGACUUUCCCUCACACAUACACAUGUGCUGUCUGAUCGUGUAAUUCAACAGUGAGCUUGUGACAUUAACCACCAUCAUGGAGACUGUAUAGAAGACUGACUGCCGUAACUGGCCUUUGCUGGAUAGGCGCGUGCACAUCAGUGCGUUCGUCAGUGCACAGCGUUUUUGAAGAAUUUCCACAUAAAACCAUGCAAAUGUGACUGUUCAGGUAACCUGAGGUGUAGGCUGUAGAUGAUGUAAUAAAGUCAAACCAUUGAAA